AUGUUCGUCGAGGCGGAAACAGAUUUCGGGCUGACGAUCCUUCGAGCUCAUCGGAAUUUCAGUGAACCUUUCGUCUUUUCGCCUAUCUCAAUAUGCUUGGCUCUUUCACUUCUUCACACGGGUGCUAAUAAGAUUGCGAGGCUACAAAUUGCGGAUUAUAUUGCUAGAGGUUGGUUUCCAUCAAUCAUGAGAAAAAAAAAGUCAAAAAAGGUAGAUGUUAUAAGAAAAAAAAUUUGAAAAUUUUUUGCUGAAAAAUUUUCAAGAGGAAAAAGCUGAGUCGAAGUAAUUUUUGAUCUGCGGAUUUUUCGAUUACUGCAGGGUUGCCCUUCAAGUAAUAGCCGAGGUUUUUCCUGGUUAUCCAUGGAGCGCAAUAGCUUCUCAUGUAACGGCUAUUUUUUCAAUAUAUUUUUUUCAAGCUCAACCCGUCAAACUACCUGUCCUCUGUAUUUUUUUAAUUACAACAUUCAGGAGCGAACGAAGACCAAUUAUUACAACACUACACUUUCCUGACAGCAGUUUUGAAUAGCCAUUCUCAUAACGUUUCAAGCGUUUCCAACAAUAAAUUCUUCACCAGGUCUCAAUCAAGAGAAUGAAAUCAAUUUUGAAGCUUUUCCAGCGGAACCACCUCAGGAAAGUUCGCUCAGGCUUACCUGGGCAAGAUCGAGAAGCACUACGGGGUAAAUAAUGGAGGACAGGAAGGCAAGGUCGUUGAGGAAGUCGUCGAGAAGGAGGAAAAGGUAAUAAGAUGGGAAGGGUCGCGUUUGGAAUGGCUCGACUCGUCGUGGUCCCAGUUUGGACUUCAAUUAUCGCACUUGGAGUGCUGCCAAUCGUAAAAGUUCCAUUAUCGCGAAAGUCGUUUGGCGGUCGGGCGCAAAAAUCGAGAGACCUUUCUACAGCCGUUACUUUCGGAGCCAUUCUCUGUGCCACAGUCAUUUUCUUCAUGAAUCUUUUUGAAGUUAAAAUAUCUAUUCAUAGUAAGGGUAUUUUUGUUAGGCUCUCUGGAUAAAAACCUAUCUUAUUUAGGAGCCAAAACCUACUUUCAAAAUUUUUUUCAGACUACACCAGAAAUCAUUUAUUAUGGCCGAGAUGUGAAAACAACUGCAACAACGGCUUAUUCAACAAGGAUGAAUGCAGAAGAAAGUUUGCUUCCUUUUAAUGAAUGAUUUUGGUGGGAUCAAUUAGCCUUUUCAGUAGAGCGACCAUAUCAUUUUUUUAAAAUUAUUUUUUACAAAUUUCUUAUUAUUGAAAGUUUAAUGAUCUGACUAUGGUUCGAAUUUUUCGCAAUUCAUCGAAAUUUCGUACAAUUGAGAAGAUUUUUUUGGAUCAGGCACGCCUGGGAAAUGAAAAAUUCUAAUAAUUAUACUUUUUUUCAAAACCUGUUUUUUUAUGGAGAAUUUUUUUUUGAAGAUUCUGACGUCGAAACUCUAAUGAAUGAACUGCAAUUGAACGCAACCUGGGAUCCAACUUAUAAUCUGCAAAGAACAACUCAUGAGCCUUUUUCUGUGGCGCCGGAGAUGAGGAAACUUGUGAGAUUUUUUUAAAUUCAAGAACAAGUUCUGAUAAAUCUUUCCGAAACCUUCUCAAGCUUUUGGAAAGAACCAAUUUCAACCGAGUUUCUACAGAAAGCCUUUCCUUUACCUACUUGAAAAGAAUUACCUUUUUUCGGUUUUUAAUCACCCUUGUUCUAAAGGUUUUUGUUCUGAAAUUAUUUCAGUUGGCUUUUUUUCAAUCCACUGGAAAAUUUCCAGGUGGAAUACCUCAAUGACGGUCUAGUGUUCCGGGAUUACGCUGAAGAUGAGCUUUUUGAAGUUUUCAUUGAAAUACUGAACAUUCCACCGAGUUUCUAUCAUUUUAGGCGUUGAUAUUGAACUACAGUGAUCCGACCUAUUCAUUGGCCCUCUUUCUGCCCAAAAAACACAUGGGACUCGUUGAAACUCUGCAGGUUCAAUAGUUCAUCAUGUUUUCCUGGAAGAGAUGUUUUCUUCAGAAAUUCAGCGCUCGGCAUUUUCAAUCCCUGUUGGAGAAAGCCAAGCGAACUUACUUAAUGGUAUGUUUAUGGUGAUAUGAAAAAUUAAAUAGGUAGUUGUUCAGAUCAAGUUCCCAGUGUUUCGAAUCGACAGAACGAUUGAUCUGGGCGACGUCGUGGAAAGGAUGGGCAUCUUCGAGGAUUUCAACGACGAAGUCGUCGAAGACAGCUUCAAUGUUACAAGGGCGGUUCAUACGGCCCAUAUUGAGGUUGCCAAUUGUUUCGAUAUUCGAGCGUUCUUCAACUCAGUUUCAAAAAUUGAAAUAUUCUUGAGAUUUUCUAGGUGACCGACGGAGGUCGUGCCGUGAAUCUGAACAUGGGCAAGAUCCAAGACGCGAGCGUCCUGGUCGACGGCGCCAUUUAUUUCAAAGCCGACCACCCGUUUUUGUUCGCAGUCCUCCGGGAUAGGCAUCCUCUCUAUAUUGGCAUCUUUUGUUAA